GUCAAGACGUGUUUUACGCGAUCAGAGCACCUAAGUUAAUCGAUCCACAUCUAUAAAGUAAUAGACAAAUUUUUACAGUAAAUAAAUAUGAUGAAUGUUUAUACAAAUAAUUUUAUAUCAAUAUGUGCAAUUUUGUUAAUAGGCGUAUCUUCACCCGCUCCUCAGCAGAACAUUAACGCACAGAAAAAUAUUGAAGAAAUAUUUAAUACUAAUAGUAAUCUUCCAGCGCAAAAAGAAUCCGGAAUCGCAUUAGUGAUUACCCCCGAUCCUCUAGAAACUAUAAGUCAACAGUCAAAUUUUAGUUCAACUAGUGGCAAAACUUCAACUUGUAAUUGCGUACCAUAUUAUAAAUGUGAUCCAUCAACAAACAGUGUCACUGAAGAUGGCUCUUUUGACGGAUUUGGUGUUAUAGAUAUUCGUUUUAACGACGAUGAUCCGAUAUGCCCGGCAUCUGUAGACGUAUGUUGUGAUGAUAAUAGGACGCUUAAUAGGACGUUGAAUCCGACGCCCUUGGAUCAAAGACCAAACCAGCCAAGAGGCUGUGGUGUUCGCAACACAGGUGGACUGGAUUUUACUCUGUCCGGAGUAUCGCAAAAUGAAGCGGGUUUUGGCGAGUUUCCAUGGACGGUAGCAUUAUUGCAUUCUGGAAAUUCAAGCUAUUUCUGUGCUGGAUCUCUUAUACAUAAACAGGUGGUUUUGACCGCUGCGCACUGUAUUGAGUCGUUAAGAACAGGAUCGUUUACUGUCCGAGCUGGAGAGUGGGACACACAAACAAUGAAAGAGCGUCUACCCUAUCAAGAAAGAUCGGUCCAAACGGUUAUAUGGCAUCCAGAAUUUAAAAGAAGAAACGUAGCUUAUGAUUUCGCACUUGUAAUUCUAAGUCAGCCGGUUACUUUGGAUGAUCACAUUAAUGUUAUAUGUUUACCUCAACAAGAUGAUAUUCCGCAGCCCGGUAACACAUGUUUUUCCACCGGCUGGGGAAAAGAUGCCUUUGGUUCUUUGGGCAAAUAUAGCUCUUUAAUGAAACGUGUUCCAUUGCCCAUUGUCGAGUUUAACAAUUGUCAGACACGACUUAGAGGCACUCGACUUGGACCAAAGUUUGCAUUGGAUAGGUCAUUCAUAUGCGCGGGUGGACAGCGUGGCAUUGAUACCUGUCAAGGGGAUGGCGGAGCUCCACUAGCUUGUCCUAUUGGAGGUACACAAGAAUCUCGAUAUCAACAGACUGGUAUAGUUGCUUGGGGAAUCGGAUGUAAUGAUGAAAUUCCAGCAGCUUAUGCCAACGUAGCCUUGGUCCGAGGUUGGAUUGACCAGCAAAUGUUAACCAAUGGCUUCGGAACGGCUGUGUACACCGCAUGAAUGCUGAAUAAUAAAGCUCAAAAUUUACUUCA